GCGGGGACUUUCUUAUGGGAAACUUUCACUUGCCUGCCCCUCCACUACUAAGUAGUACAUGUACUACUGAUAUCAGAUCCUUAUCAUGCUCGAGAGACUCAGACUGCACUUCUUGUAGAUCGUAAACUCCAUUCCUUCUCCCCGCUGAUUUACACCGAGUGAUCUACUGGAACAGCAUACUAGCAGUGGCUAUAUAACUACGCUGGAGAUACUCCUCUGCAACAACUACAUCGUCUGAUUUCUCUCAGUCUAUCUUCUUUCGCAGCGACCACUUCGUCCCAAAAGCCCCGGUCGACCGUCCGUUUCGCCGAGCGAUAAGACAAACAUUUACACAUUUGCUCCGUUCGAUCGAUACGGCCCAUCAUCCUCAUCCAAAGCACACGCGCGCACAAGCAAAACUACACCUCUUACCAUCUCUUCCUUCUCGCUUCCCUCUGUUCCUCUCUGCUCCGUCCUCCACCAUGGCGACACACUCCCACGACGGAGGUGCAUCUCAUUCCCACGACCACGACCACCCCAACGGCGCAGCACCGCACGGACAUUCACACGAGAUACUAGAGGGACCAGGAUCCUACAUCCACAGAGAGAUGCCACUAGUCGAGGGACGAGACUUCAAAGACCGAGCAUUCACGAUCGGAAUCGGCGGGCCCGUGGGAUCAGGCAAGACAGCGCUGAUGCUAGAGCUGUGCCUUGCACUUCGAAAAGAGUACAACAUUGCAGCAGUGACAAACGACAUCUUCACACGCGAAGACGCCGAGUUUUUGACCAAAAACGGCGCCUUGACCCCUGACCGGAUCGUGGCCAUCGAAACAGGCGGAUGCCCGCAUGCCGCGGUGCGCGAAGACAUUUCGGCCAACCUGCUCGCUUUGCAAGGGCUGCAUGCGAAGUUCCAGACAGACUUGUUGCUGAUCGAGUCGGGCGGCGAUAACCUCGCUGCCAACUAUAGUCGCGAGCUGGCCGAUUUUAUCAUCUAUGUAAUUGAUGUGGCCGGCGGCGACAAGGUGCCGCGCAAGGGCGGGCCCGGAAUCACGGGUAGCGAUCUGUUGGUUAUCAAUAAGUGCGAUUUAGCCGAUGCCGUCGGCGCAGACGUCGAUCUGAUGGAGAUGGAAGCGAGGAAAAUCCGUGAAGGAGGCCCUGUGAUCAGGGGAGUUAUCAAGAAUGGUGUUGGUGUUAAAGAGACGGUUGAUAUGAUUCUCUCCGCUUGGAAGAGUACGCUGGGAUACGCCGAGAGUUUGAAACGGUGGGCGUCUGGCGCUUCGAGGGGGAGCGGCGAGCAGCCAAAGGUCAUUCGGUAUACGAAGGUCAUGCCGGAGCACAAGGAGGGACAAAUUGAUCCUUUGUAGAAGGGAUUGGACACCAAGGAAAUGGGAGAAUUGGUACUCAGGCGGAAGGAUUUAGAUUAAGUGGACACGAAAGAGAUGAUGAAAACUUUGGACCCAGGACCCAAAAUGUUUAGUCGGCAUGAGCGUGGGUGCUGGCAUGGCCGGCACAUUUGGAUAGCAUGUCUCACACUUUUAUCAUAGCGUUAGAUAAGACACCUUCAAAACGGUUAGAGAUGUCGGCUCCAGUCUACCAGGUCCCACGGACUCGAAACUCUUUAAACAACUCGGUGAAGACACAGCCGAUUCCAAAAAUCGACUGCGAUAUCACGCUCCUCUCCGUGCAAACCUCGCCAAUGCAGGACCGAGUUCAACCUUGUCCCUCUUGAGCUUCUCCCUUUCUCUUUCAGCUCGCUCCUUUUUCAUCUCCUCGAGCCGCAGCCUCUUCUCAUCAAUCACGUUCUUUCCGCCCUUCUUCCUCAAAUAUCUUCUUACUGUGCUGUUCUUCCCCCGACCA